ACAAGGAGGCGUGCGCGCGCCGGUUCAUUACUUGCCGGCAAUUCGUUCAAUUUACGUAGAAUUUUAAGUUUUUAUUGAAAGUAAUGCUUUACAAAGAACAAGUGAAAAUGAACAAAAUGUCAGGCUUUGUUAUAAUGCUUGUAAUUAUUUUAAGUGCAAUAUAUGUUGACUCAAGCGAGUUUUGUUGUAAACCAGGCCAGUUUAUAUAUAAGGGCGUAAACAGAACUAGAACAUGUUAUGAUCCUGUAUCGGGAACUAAUUCUGAAGUGCUAAUUACUUGUGAGAUAAAUGUGUUAUUAGUUGAAGACGAUACGUAUACAUUUAGUGUGAACGAUGAGAAAUAUUUGGUUAUCAGUAUGCCUAACUUUCAAUCUGAAUUGGAGCCUGAAACAUUUUGCAUUGGCAAUUAUUCUAUAAGUACGAACACAUCUUCGUUACUGAAUGCGAGGAAAGCAGCCAUCAUUUGCGAGGUAGACGAAGAGAAUGCAAUAGUUGAUCAAAGCGUAUUGGCGUACUGUAUGCUUGUGUCAGUCAUUUUUCUAACUCUGACAGCUAUUGUCUACAUUGCACUACCUGAAGUAAGGGAUUUGAACGGAAAGAGUAUCAUAUGUUUCUGCAUCUCUCUCGCUCUUGGUUUGCUCUGUUUGGCGAUUAUGAAUCUCAUUAGCUCAUACUCCGACAUGAAUCUCUGCGCAACUCGAGGUUUUCUCACGUAUUACUUUUUCAUUGCAAGUUUCUUCUGGACCAAUGCUAUAUCAAUACAGAUCCUUCGUAACAUGAGACGUCCAUUAACAGUGGACUACGGUUGGAAGGAGUUUGCGUGGUACGCCCUGUAUGCGUGGGGAGCAAGCGCCGCGAUAACUAUAGCCAUGGCCAUUGUAAACUUCCUUCCUGGGAAUCAUCAGAAGCCCGGAAUAGGAUUGAACCAUUGCUGGUUUUUCGACAAGAAGCAGCAGUGGUACUACAUGUACAGUGUGAUGUCAAUCCUGAUCUCAGCCAACAUCUGCAUCUUCGUGUACACCUCAGUGCUGCUCUGGCGGCAGAGCUUCGCAUCUACGCAUCUCAAGGCCCUUAAAUACAAAUUCAUGAUGACUGUCAGAUUGUUCAUCAUAAUGGGAGUUCCGUGGGUCUUCGAGAUGAUAAGUUCAGUUUCGAAUAAAAGUAUUAUUUGGGUAAUACUGGACUUUGUGAACGUGCUGCAAGGUCCGCUGAUCUUCUUGGUGCUGGUGGUGCUGCGGAGACGCGUGGUGAAGGCGCUGUUGCGGCGCGGCGUGCUCGACUGCCUCGCGCCGCACGUGGAGCGACAUCUCGCGCUCGCUGACGACGACGAGGACGUCAUACAACAUACCAUGGAUGUGCCGAUGGACGAGAAAGUCACUAUCAAUUAGGCCAUGAUUUUACUAUACACAUACUAAUGAUAGCCGCUGACUGUAACCAGGUUUAGAAUAAGCCUCGAAGAACGCCCAAAUACCUACUGUAUUUUUGAUCUGCGACUCGACUUGAACACUUUUAUAAUGUCUUCAAACUGUAUUUGCCAAGGGGAAGGUUUGGAAUGAAUCUAAGGAGCUUAUUACUGUAAUACUAUAGGGCAAAACUAUAAUAUUGUGAAGUACAAACAGUACCUAAUUUUAUUGAUUAAUUUUAAUAAUUUUAAUAAUAGUGAAUCGAAUGUAGAAAUGAUGUAGGUUAAAUUCUACGUGCAAAUAUCCGACUUGGGUUUGUAAAGUACCGGAAUAGUAAAAUUCCCAAACUAAACUUUAAAAAAACCGAUAGCAGUAAGAAUACAAGAAUGCAUCAGUACCAAACUAGUCAAAAAACUUUACCUUAAAUAUUUCAUAUAUGUUACGUUAUUAACACAGAAAUAAUUAAAUAAAAUAUUAUUUUAAUUUAUGAUACA